AUGGCCGCUGCUACUGCUACUGAUUCGAAAACUACAAAACAAGCCAAGAGAGGAGCAGUUGACUUUGUCGCCGGUGGUGUUGCCGGUUUGUUUGAGGCAUUGUGUUGUCACCCUUUGGACACCAUCAAGGUUCGAAUGCAAUUGUACCGUAAAUCAGGCCAGAAACCACCUGGAUUCAUUCGCACAGGUAUCAACAUUGUUGAAAAAGAAGGAUUCUUGUCUCUCUACAAAGGUUUGGGUGCCGUUGUUAUUGGUAUCGUCCCCAAGAUGGCUAUCCGUUUCUCCUCAUAUGAAUUUUAUAGAUCUUUUUUUUACGACAAGGAUGGCAAAAUCACUUCUGGCCAAACUUUUCUCGCUGGUGUAGGUGCUGGUAUCACCGAAUCCAUUUGUGUUGUUAACCCUAUGGAAGUGGUCAAAAUUAGAUUACAAGCCCAACACCACUCAAUGAAGGACCCAUUGGAUAUCCCCAAAUACAGAAACGCCCCACACGCUGCAUACGUGAUUGUCAAGGAAGAAGGUUUCAAGACUUUGUACCGUGGUGUCUCUUUGACCUGUGCAAGACAAGCUACUAACCAAGGUGUUAACUUUACCGUUUACUCAAAAUUGAAGGAGUACUUGCAAAAGAGGGAAAAUACUGAAAUCUUGCCCGCUUGGCAAACCUCGUGUAUCGGUUUAAUCUCUGGUGCAUUGGGUCCAUUGUCCAAUGCUCCUUUGGACACCAUCAAGACUAGAUUACAAAAAUCAUCAUAUGCAAGCAACGAGAGCGGAUUGGUGAGAAUUGUCAAGAUUGCUAAACAAUUGGUUAAAGAAGAAGGUGUGCACGCAUUGUACAAGGGUAUCACCCCAAGAAUCAUGAGAGUCGCUCCAGGUCAAGCUGUGACUUUUACUGUCUAUGAAUACGUUAAGGAUUUGUUGACCAAGGACUCGGGAGCUGGUGUCUCGUUGAGCGGAAGUAACGAAAAGAAAAAGUUGAACUAG